AAAAUAGUUUAGUAUUGGUGUAAGCUGGAUAGUUCUUGUCACUUGACAGUCGUUAUAACCUUAAAAUGAUGGAGAUUACACACACUCAAAUCUCAUUAAAACUAAUGUUCACAAGAGGUUUCUUGCCACAUGAUGUAACCGCGACCUUCAAAUCAACCUUAAAAUAUUUUCAGUAUUAACAAAAGGAAGCACAACGGUGGACCAGCCAUGGCCGACACCUCAGACCCUACCGAACCCCUGAACCCAAACCCCCAGCAACAGACUCCGCCCAACUACAGCGCCACGGGUCCCACGGUCCUACCCGCCACGGGUCCCACGGCCCUACCCACCACGGGUCCUGCCGCCCUACCCGCCACGGGUCCCGCCGCCCCACCCGACGGGGCCGGCCUCCCGUACCCACCGGCCGGCCCACCGUACCCGCCGGACGGCCCACCGCAGUACGGCGAGGUAUUUCAGGAUAAGCCAGCCGGAGGCGUACCGCCGGCCGGCCACCAGCCGUACAUGAUGCCUGGCCCUGCUCCCAUGCCUGGCCCUGCUCCCAUGCCCGGGCCUGCCGCUCCUGUUACCGCGGUCAGCUACCAGGCUGGACAGGCCACUAUCAUUGCAACUCCCAUGAUCCUUAGCGCGUUUCCCGUCAUGGUAACCUGCCCCCAGUGCAACCAGCAUGUGACAACCCAAGUGAUGUACGUCGCUGGUACCCUGACCUGGGUCUUGUCCAUUGUGUUGUUAUUCGUUGGUUUCUGGCUGUGCUGUUGCCUGUUCCCCUUCUGCAUGGAUGGAUGUAAGGACGCCGUCCAUACCUGUCCCAACUGUCACUUCUCUAUCGGAACGUACAGGCGGAUGUAGUGGAUUUUUCUUAAUUUUGGGAAUUAAAAUAUUAAAAAAAGCAUCAACCCCUUGUAAGGCCCAGUACAAGCUUCGGCUUAUUGACUGACAUUGCUAUACUAUUACUAUUAAUAAUGUUUAGUUGUAUCUAGUAGGCCUAUACUGUUUUAAUAAAUGUACGAAAUAAACUUGAACCUCUAAACAAAAUCCUGACAAGCUUAGGGUAUUAAAGUGUCAAGCUAGCCUCUAGAACCCAUUGUUUGCGCGUGCACUGUUGUGAAUGCAGUUUUGUAGUUGUACGCUGUACAUGUACUUUGCAUAAACAGAAUUAGAAAUUAAUUUAUUGCCAUGGAGUGAUAGGCUAUCCCACGUCGCAAACUAAGCCUAGCCUUCACGAUAUUGUUUGACCUUUAGGAAAUGUAUAGGCAGUGACGUACUGAAAUUGUUAUCUGUAAUUUUCAAUGUCUGAUUAUAUUAGUUAUCUUGCGAGCGCGAG